UCGAGUUCAUCCCCAAAUCGAGUCUCUCUCUCUCUCUCUCUCUCGCCUGGUGCAGCUCUCUGCUCUCCUUCCACCCGCGAAUUUGGAGUCAAAACCAGUCGAACGGAACCAUUGUCGUCUCUGUUGCAAAUUGUGUUCAGUUGUGACAAACUUUGGGCCGAAGAUUUUAAAAUCAAACUUGCUGUUUUGCAUUCGAGUCAAGCUUUUGUGGACUUGUAGAAGACAAGCAGGACAUCGCCUUGGAUUGUGUCAUUCUCAAGUUGACAACAUAAAAAUUAGUGAGGUUCACGGCAUCAUCGGCAGAUGAAAGAUGUCACCAAGGUCUUGUGGAACCAGUCUUGCAUCUCUCAGUUGCACCUCAUGGAAGUCAAGGUCACUAGCAAGACCUAGGGAAAAAGGAGCAAAGCUAGUAAUGAUGUCAUAGAUCUUAAAACUUGCUGACGAUUGCAUUCUCCAUUGCUAGUGAUUGCAGAUAUUUCUUGGUGGAAGAAGACAUGCAAUUCCAUGAGUGUCAAGUUUGAGGUGUUCAAAAUUUCUUGUCUCUCAAGCGAGUUAUCUAACUGGUAGCAGUUCAUUUUCAGCAAUCAAUUUUUGUUAACAGCAAUGAUGGCAGUGGGUACCAAGCGACUCUUCCAGGUCAUUGCCGUGGUUGAUACGGCGUUUGAUAGUUUUCAUGAUGCAACACCAGUUUUACUUCUCUCUGGCAGAUCAAUGAUUCGAGAACUUCAAAGAGGAAGACUUCAGUGACGUGUCGAUUGUUGCUCCGCAUCCCACAUACAUCGAACCUGCACAGAGCUGAGACACUAAACAACAUGGUCAAAGAUUAUUCCAGGAAGCAACAUUUUAAUGUCCUUCAUAUAUCCAAUCCAUUAGCAUUAGCAUUGCCUGUAAUGCGUCUUGUUCGUCAUAUUCCACAGUUUGUGGGGGCUGCUUCCAUCCAUGGUUCCCUUCUUCCUCCCAGUGCUACCAUUUAUGAUCUUGGUCUCUCCUCCUGCUACUGUGAGUGCUCAGAAACAGACCAACAUCAGUUUGGGUUCCUCCCUCGCCGCCUCCGAUGGUGCUUCCUGGUCCUCCCCCUCCGGCCGCUUUGCCUUCGGGUUUUACCCCAAAGCAAAAGGGUUGGCCAUCGGAGUCUGGCUCACCACCACACCAAAGAAGACCGUGGUGUGGACAGCUAACCGGGACGAUCCCCCCAUAACCGACGGCCACUUGACCUUCGAUGGUCGGCUUCUCUUGAGUGAUCCCAGUGGGGUGAAGGCCCUGUCACAAGGUUCCGGGACGGCCGCCCUGGCGGCCAUGAUCGACACUGGGAACUUCGUCUUGUACAAUUCCGAUGGAGCGAUCAUUUGGUCUACUUUUAGUUCUCCCACAGACACGCUUCUACCUGGGCAGAACCUGUUAUCGGAUGGCCAGCUUUUCUCCAGCGUAUCGGAAGCUGACAGGUCCACCGGGAAGUACUGGCUGUGCAACCAAAACGAUGGCAAUCUCGUGUUGUACCCUGUCGGCACAUCCAACCCCGACGAUUCCUACUGGAGCACAGGCACCUUCGGGAAUGGCUUCCGGUUCACGCUUAUUCUUAACAGCACUGGUUUACUGUACUUAUACGACAACAGUGGCUAUUCCAAUAACAUCAGCCAGUCCAAGGUUUCUUCUGGUUCUCAGAGUGGAACUCAGGUCUACUACCGGGCGAUCAUCGAUGUAGAUGGAAUUCUCAGGCUUUACUCUCACAGCUUCUCCAACAAUGGCAGAUCGACGACAAGAGUCGAAUGGGCAGCACUGCAGGAUCCUUGUUUGGUGAAAGGUGUGUGCCCGCUCAACAGCUUCUGCAGCCCGAACGCCGAGGAAGAGCCCGUUUGCUCCUGUCUCCCUGGUUUCGACUUCGUCGAUCCAACCCAAAGCGCACUUGGUUGCGCGCGGAAUUCAUCAGGAGAUUGCAGCACGAGGAGCCCCGAUGUUGGGGACGAAGGCUUGACCGUGGUAACAGUGAAGAAGACGACGUGGUCCAACAAGGCUUACUCCAUUCUGUCGCCCAUGACGAGCAUGGAUGCGUGCAGGGCCGCAUGCUUGAACGACUGCUUCUGCGAGGCGGCGUUGUUCACGGGUGAUAAAUGCUGUAAACAGACGCUUCCUUUGAGAUAUGGGAGGACCGGCAGCAACGACACGCUGCUCCUCAAGGUCAAAGCUGCAAGGAAGCAAGCAGUGGUUCACGAAAGGGAGAGUAAACUGCGUGUUGACGUCUUGGUCGUGGGUGUAGUUCUUGCUGGCCUCUCAGUCAUCGUCUUCGCCAUAUCUGGAUAUUGCUUCCUUGAACGUAAAAGGGCUGCAAGAUACAUGAGGACGCCAGAGUCUGAUAACUCUGGUUCUGAUGAUUACAGCACGCUGAAAUCGUAUUCUUACGGAGAGCUGGAGAGAGCCACAGAGAACUUCAGGGAAGAGCUGGGCAGGGGAGCCUUUGGAACGGUGUUCAAGGGAACGGUUUCCGAUGGAGCAAGGGUGAUUGCUGUGAAGAGACUGGAGAAGAUGGUCGAGGAAGGAGAGAGGGAGUUCCAGAGAGAGGUGAGAGCCAUUGGCAGAACACAUCACAAGAACCUGGUGCGAUUGCUCGGCUUCUGCAACCAAGGCUCGAGUCGACUGCUGGUGUACGAGUACAUGAGCAACGGCUCGCUUGCGGAUCUCCUCUUCAAGGCUGAAACCUGGCCGACAUGGCGAGAAAGAUGCAGGAUCGCGUUGGACGUGGCCAGGGGAUUGUACUAUCUGCACGAGGAGCUGGAGAACCACAUCAUCCACUGCGACAUCAAGCCUCAGAACAUCCUCAUGGACGCCACCGGGACCGCAAAGAUCGCCGACUUCGGGCUGGCCAAGCUGCUGAUGCCCGACCAAACAAGAACCUACACGGGCAUCAGAGGAACCAGGGGGUACCUCGCGCCGGAAUGGCACAAGAACGCGCCGAUAACAGUGAAGGCCGACGUGUACAGCUACGGAGUUGUGCUCUUGGAGAUCAUAUGCUGCAGGAGGAACAUGGAACUGGAGGAGGCCGGCCUGAUAAGUAGAUGAGAUUUCCCUAACUGUUGAGGAAAUCUCUCUACUCUGUUGAGGGAAAUCCUCUAACCCGUUGAGGAAACUUCUCCUUCUAACCUGUAUAUAAAGACGGAGGAUAUGUCAAUAACAUUCAACUUCUUCUUCUACAA